AGAGUUGUCGGCUGGGAAAUGGCGGCCGCGGGCUUGGUCGCUGUGGCUACUGCUGCAGAGUACUCUGGCCCAGUAGCGUCGGGAGGUAACCUCUCCGUUGUUAACUGCGGCCCGAACUCCGGGGCAGGCCCAGGUCCUGGCCCGGGCUCAUGGAGCCGCUCCCUCGACCGAGCGCUGGAGGAGGCGGCGGUAACCGGGGUGCUGAGCCUGAGCGGCCGGAAACUGAGGGAGUUUCCCCGGGGAGCGGCCAACCACGACCUGACGGACACCACCCGGGCGGAUCUGUCACGAAAUCGCCUCUCAGAAAUUCCCAUAGAAGCAUGUCACUUCGUUUCUCUUGAGAAUCUCAAUUUAUACCAAAAUUGUAUUCGGUAUAUACCAGAGGCAAUUCUAAACUUGCAAGCUCUAACGUUCUUAAAUAUUAGUCGAAACCAGCUAUCAACAUUGCCAGUACACUUGUGUGAUUUACCAUUGAAAGUCUUAAUUGCUAGUAAUAACAAAUUGGUCUCACUUCCAGAAGAAAUUGGACAUCUCAGACAUUUAACAGAACUUGAUGUGAGCUGCAAUGAAAUUCAAACAAUCCCUUCCCAAAUUGGUAAUUUGGAGGCCUUGCGAGACCUUAAUGUAAGAAGAAAUCACUUAGUACGUUUGCCUGAAGAGCUAGCAGAGUUGCCUUUGAUACGGUUAGACUUUUCCUGCAAUAAAAUUACAACAAUCCCUGUUUGUUAUCGGAAUCUCAGGCACCUACAGAUGAUCACCUUAGAUAAUAAUCCACUACAAUCUCCUCCUGCACAGAUAUGUAUAAAAGGCAAAAUCCACAUAUUUAAAUACCUGAACAUACAGGCUUGUAAGAUUGCUCCAGAUCUGCCAGAUUAUGAUAGAAGACCCAUGGGUUUUGGCUCCUGCCAUGAAGAAUUAUACUCAGGUCGCCCCUAUGGAGCCCUUGAUUCAGGUUUUAAUAGUGUGGACAGUGGUGAUAAGAGAUGGUCAGGGAAUGAACCUACAGAUGAAUUUUCAGAUCUGCCUCUUCGAGUAGCAGAAAUUACUAAAGAACAAAGACUGCGAAGAGAAAGCCAGUACCAGGAGAAUCGCAGCAGUAUAAUAGUAACAAAUGGUGGAGUGGAACAUGAUCUGGAUCAGAUUGACUAUAUUGACAGCUGUACUGCAGAGGAAGAAGAGGAAGAAGUGAGACCACCCAAGGGCCUGGACUCAGACAGCCUCAGUUCACAGUUUAUGGCAUAUAUUGAACAACGGCGAAUCUCUCAUGAGGGUUCACCAGUAAAGCCAGUACCCAUGAGGGAAUUUCAAAAAACAGAAGACACGAGAAGAUAUUCACAUCAAAACAGGGUUCCAGCUGAGCCAUCUUCCCUCUUAUCACUAUCACCAAGUCAUAAUCAGUUUUCACAUGCAGACUUGGAACUUCAUCGGAGAAGAGAACAAUUAAUAGAACGUACUCGGAGAGAGGCACAACUUGCUGCCCUACAGUAUGAGGAAGAGAAAAUAAGGACCAAGCAGAUUCAAAGAGAUGCUGUCCUGGACUUUGUCAAGCAAAAAGCGUCACAAAGUCCACAAAAACAACACUCCCCCUUAGACGGUGAGUGUCCCUUCCCAUCCAGAAGGUCUCAGCACACUGAUGAUAGUGCCUUGUUAGUGUCGCUGUCAGGUGUGAAUCAAGUGGGCUGUGCUGCUACCCUGCCUCAUUCUUCUGCCUUCAGGCCUCUUAAGAAUGAUCACAGAUCUAAUGCUAUAUCAAGUUCACCUACAACAGAAACAGUUCAUCAUUCCCCUGCAUAUUCUUUUCCUGCUGCUAUUCAGAGAAACCAGGCCCAGCGCCCUGAAAGUUUCCUUUUCAGAGGAGCUGUCAGGGCAGAAACAAAUAAAGGUCAUGCGUCACCCCUUCUUUCAUCUUCUGCACCUACCACUGAUUUUAAAGAUCCGGUAACAAGACAGAAUUCAAGACAGAGAGAAGAAGAGCUGGAAUUAAUAGAUCAACUACGGAAACAUAUUGAGUACCGGUUAAAAGUAUCUCUGCCUUGUGAUCUUGGAGCAGCUCUAACCGAUGGUGUUGUUCUUUGCCAUUUGGCCAAUCAUGUGCGGCCUCGAUCUGUCCCAAGCAUUCACGUUCCCUCACCAGCUGUACCUAAAUUAACAAUGGCAAAAUGCAGACGAAAUGUGGAGAAUUUCCUCGAAGCCUGCAGAAAAAUUGGUGUACCUCAGGACAAUCUUUGUUCCCCUUCUGACAUCCUUCAGCUAAACCUCAGCGUAAAAAGAACUGUUGAAACACUACUUUCUCUUGGGGCACAUUCAGAAGAAUCCAGUUUUGUCUCUCUAUCUAUCCAGCUUUUGGGUUUUGUGGCAUUUUAUUGUACUCUAAUGUUAACUCUCUGUAUGCUUUAUUACUGGAUCUUCCCCCUCUAGCCGAAAGUGCAUUCCAGUGAUUUUUCCACCUCAUUCCUGUGCUUGGUAAAGGAGGUUUGUUUCUCAUUCAAAAGUAUUUACAUAUGUGCUUUUUUUUUAAUUGGUUAGCCAUCAAAGAGCUAACCAAUAAAGUAGAUAACUUCUUUCCUCGUGUGUCCAGAUGAGCAGCUCAUCACAUUAGGAAGCAUUUAUGAUUGCUAACAAAGAGCAGAAAGACCAGUAUAUUUUCUUCUGCUCAUUUGUCCAUUCUCCUGGCCUAUAUGUGGCCUUGUUUCUCUUAUCAUAAAUGCUGAGCAGGGUCUACUAAUACAAUCCUGAGCCUGUUGUUAGAAUAUGACUUAGGACUUUAUUUCCAAAUGGCAUAAUAAAAUUUCCAUCUGGCCUUCUUUCCAUGCCUCAAUACAACUUAAGUGUUGAAAUUGUGAGAAGUAUUAAAAUUAUGAGUUGCUGAACUUUUCAACAGCUGUUCAUGAGGAAACAGUUGCACCCCUUCUGUUCUGGGGAGCACCUGGUCACUUAGAUCUCUGCAUUGAGCUGUGCCCUGAAAUCCUGAAAUCUGUCUUUAUUGGUAGGCACAAGUCCACCUAAUAAGCAUCUGCUCUCUGGACAUCUGGAAGGCACUGGCCAUUUAAUCUUAAUAAUUUUAAUUUGAUCAGAAUGUUCAGUCCAAAGAUAAUGUAGGUUCCCUAGAUUGCUAUUCUGAGCCCAUUGUGUACAUUGGAAACAGUACACAGCAAAUUAUCUGGAGCUGACCUUUCAGGGGUAGGCACCUGUCUGCACAUUUAUUAUGUUUGUUAUCUUUAACUUCACUUCUAGAAUCCUAUUUAGAAUUUAAAAUUGGAAUUUAUAUAAUUUCCAAUAUAUUUGAACCAUCUUAAUAGGUGAACUUAUAUUUGAUAGGCUGUUGAGGAGAUUUUAUCUGAACAGUAGCAGGUAAAGAAUUAGGCAGCAAUCUCUGUUCUGUACCCAAGGUGAUGAAUGCCUCUUUCAGAAUGCUUAGUAUAUUAGCUGCUAGCCUUAAUGCUUGAAAGUACUUUAUAAUUGCAUUCAGAUUCUGGUUCUCAUAAAUAGUGUUUCUGAACAUUCAGGAAUCUCUGAACUCUGUUAAGAAAAUUGGACAACUGAACUCAUGUAUGAAGGAAGAUUGUGAGGAACCAUAUCAUGUUGUAGAAGUCAAUCUGAGGAUCUGAUUGCUUUGGUUUUCUUUCAUAUUAAAUGGGAAAAUUAUUUAACACAUUAAAAACCUUUUAUUUUUAAUGCUGAAACAUUGAACACUGUGUUGAAAACAGCAGUAGUGCCUUUUGGAGUUGGGGGGAGGUUUUUUUUUUGUUUUUAAGAUGUCUCUGAGUCAGAGAUCAUUCAGUUUUGUGAAGUUCUGUCCCUUUAAAAAAAACACAUGGUGUUUUGUGUGGUUUUGGGGGAGUAAUGGUGCAUUCUCUUCAGAACAGAGUUUGCUCUAAGCCAGCUAGAAAGUAAAUGUGCAUCUGGAAAGCAUAAGCCACUGAGGGAAUGUGUAAGCCACGGGCUUACGGGUCGCAGGGCACCCCUGGAAACGGAGAUCAAGGAAUCGGCCUCAGAGGAAAUAUGUCUCCCUCCAGAGUAAAACACCCUGCAGGUUCAUUUUAAGUAUAGUUAAUCUGUACUUCAGUUGUACUCAGAAGAUUUAUACAAAGUUGCUAGUUUCUUAAGAUCAAAAGAUUCCAUUUACCUUGUUUUAUCAAGGUAAGUAUUAAAAAGAAAGUGAUUAAGAAGCACAAGUACCAAUAACGGUUCAUAAAACAUACUUGUUAUAUUUUUUAUUGCAACUGGUUUUGUAAAACUUCCUAAUAAUAUAAUUAAGUGCCAAUGAAAAGCUGAGAAAAAUCCAGUUAUCUUCUUUAAUAAGUAUGUAUAGUCUUUUUCAGUAGAACCAGAAUUCCACUUUCAUUCAAGAGUAACCUCUUCUUUCUUUCAUCUAAUCAAUGAUAGAUGUUAUUCUUAUGAUAUGCCUUUUUGUCUUAAAGGAUUAACCAAACACAUUAAUGAGGUAAUAAACAAGAUAGAAGUAAUUUAACUUGCUUAAGCAAACAUGUAAAUGCUUUUCAAAUAUGUGUUAAUUAAUGUGUUCCUGACUAAGCUCACAUCAUAGUUCUCCAGCAUAAUUUAAUCCAUUAAAUACCUUAAAUACCAGGAUAUAAAAUACUUUUUCAAAUAUGAUUUCUUUAUUUAAGUUCUGUAAUUCAAGUUUUUAAGUAAUUCAAACUGGGCCUUCCGUGAAUUAUCCAGUGUAGGGGACAUUUUCUCAAAUACUUCUAAAUCUCAAGGAUAUACUUCAGUUUCUUCCCAUGAUCCCUGCCUGGUCUGAGAACCCUGAUUUUCAUAGUCAGGACUAUAAGGUAGAGAGCAUUCCUCUCUCAUGCAGUCUGAGUUAUGGCAUGAAACUAUCUUGCAUUCCUAUGGUUUGUAAUUUCCAAAGCACUUUCUCCUACAAUGUUAUAUCUUUAGGCUUCAGCCAUCCGGUAACUUGGAACUGUUUUUCUAUUUUCACCUGCCUCAUUUUACUGAUCUGCGUUGCUCUUUUAUUUAUCAGGGGUGAAGGAUGCUGCUCUUACUCCAUAGUAGUAUGUUUAUCUUCUGUUGUAUGUAAAAGUAUAUGUAACUUGUCCAUUUUCUCAUAUUCAAAAUGAUCUGGAUGUACUUUUAGAUGUAUUAAUAAAAAAAAAAGUGACGAGUGUCAGGUACCAUCUCUGUGUAACUCAUAUUAACAGAGGUCAGAUUCUCAGGUACUGACUUCUCUUAUCUCAGUUCAUUAUUAUGAGGGAGAGAAGAGAUGCUUGUUUUUUCUUUUCAGUUCUGUGAUGUUCAUCCUCUUUUCUCUUCUGUUUGUUUUUAUGUUACAUUGUCCCAUUUCAGGAGCAAUUAUGUUUGCCUCUCCACAUUUUAGAAGAGAAAGGUUUGAGCCAGGUUGCGCUGACGGUCCAGGCUCUCCUGGAACUUGCCCCGCCCAAGCAGCAGCAGCACCAGUUAUCUGCUGUGUAAGGACUCCCAGCACCGUGGGCGUUGGCCUGGCCAAAACGAAACAGGACAGCGUGACUGCUGCUGUGAGCCGUCUGCUUAACAAAGCGCUUAUGUGUUCUUGAAAGGGACUGUUUCCAUGAUUCCUAACAGGAAUAUUUUGCUUCAUUUCUCCAUUUUAGGGGAGGUUAUAUCCAUUUGCAUUGAAUUGUUUAUGAAGACAUGGUUGGUUUUCACAAAUAAAAAUUAAUUCUGUCAUUAUUGAGAACCCAACACUGAAGCCUAACCUGGCUGUGCUUGUCUAGAGAGUAGGCUCUUUCACAUACUGAAGACUAUCUUCUCAGAAGGAUAUUUGUCUCUCUUGAAGGCACCGCCAUGCUGUUAUCUUUCCCUGUUUCCAAGCCCUCUGGAAUCCACUAGUUUCUAAACGUGGUUGUUCAUUAGAAGCUCCUGGAGAAUUUGUUAAAGUACAGAUUCUCACUCGGUUGGUCUAGAGUGAGGCCUGGGUAUCUGCAUUUCAACAAACAUUCCAGGUGUUUCAUAUAGUGGAGACCAUUGUUCCAAGCUAGAUAUUUGUAUAAUUUGGGGGGAGUAAUGACUUCACCAUGUUUUUCAGCUCUAUUAUGACUACUUGGACUGUUCUGUCCAAGGUAAAAUAAAAAUAAUGUAGAAGGUCUAGAUUUUGCAUAGUAAAACAAUGAAACAGAUACUGUUGCAUUUAAGGCCAGUGUCCUAGACCUCCCCCCAGCUCCAGUCCACCACCACUUAGAGGAUGGUUCUAUGUAUCAUCCCACUGUUAUCUAAAUAUUAUAAUCAAGCACUCUACACACAGGGUCCAGAUCUUUAGGCUGGUAGCUUGUGACACUCUGCAUCCUGUGUGUUGACUUCACUGAGCUCACCCCUUCUCCCCUGCAAGCUGCUCCCGGGAUACCUGCACCUGUGAACACCUUCCAGUCACAGCAGAUGCACUUCCAGCUCCCCAAAUAACUGAACAUUAUGAAAAUAAAGGAAGAGCCAAGCUUCUUACAUUUCUUUCAGCUGACUGCCAAUUUCUGUAGCUGAGUUAAAGCACUUGUGGCAUUUUAAAAACAGCUUGCUGUCUUUUCAUCUAGCCAUCUAGCUCCCCCACCAGUGCCUUACUUACUCAAUUAUGGGUGCAGUAAAAGGGCCCAAGGGCUCAGACAGCACAAAACCAGGAGCCCUAAUUCAAGUCUAAGCCACUUGGGUCUUUCUUCCCCUAUAUUUUGAGACCUUUUUAGUUGUCAGUGAUAUCUUCUGGUAUUCACUGCCUUUGUAAACCAAGUAAAGAGAGUAAGUGAAGAUACUAGUUAUCUAGGUUUUUUCCUGUUGUUAACUGUUCUAGGGUUUCUUUACCAGUACAUACAUUUAAGAAUAAUGUUCUCUUGUUUUAUCAUGUAGCAGCAUCUAAAAGUAACUCUGGAUAAAAUCAUGUUGAGUAUCUGGCCAAAAUAAUGUUUUCUCCUUGUUGUCACAGGUUUAAACUUAUAUAACACAAAACAUCUGAGCUCAAAGCCCAAUCCUUCAGGGUCCUUAUGAAACAAAAGUAAAAUGUGUUUAAAAUGCUUAGAGCCAGACCCCAUUAUAUUUACAGUUCCAAACAGACCCACCAGUCAUAGGACUUGUUUAGAAUUUAGCUGUGUAUAUUUUUAAACUCUAGGUAUUUUUACUUCUAGUCAACAUUAAACCUCAGUACAAUCUCCAAAUUAUAGACAGCCAUUUGAAAUGAAACUCAGCAAAGGACAGGACUGUUUGUCACAUAGUUGCAAGGAAUAAUCCCAGUCAGCAUACAUAAUGCAACAUUUGGAACAUUUGUGACUAAUUUUCCUGUAGGAAUAAUUGGAAUUUUCAACGUAUUUCAAAUUUUAUACAUAGCAUGAAACUUUAUUCAUAUAUUUUUAUCAGACUAAUUCAAAUUUAUAUUUGAAUAGUUAGAAAAUAUUUGUUUACACUUUUGGUUGAUAAUGAAAGAAAAAUAUAUUGAAUGUCUUUUCUAUGUCAAGAUGCAAAACAAGUCAUGAUGUUUUUGUUGGAAAAUUUUUGUACUCAGUGUUUUGUAUAUGCCUUUUUUUUUUUAAACUGGAAAGAAAAUUUAAUAUUUAGCCUUGCUAGACUCUAACAUAAGAUAAAGAUGAUUUUGUUACAGUUCCACCUGACCAUUUAUGAACUUCCUACUGAAGCAGUGACCUUCCCAGCGCUGAAGAGUGAAUGAAGAAAAGGCUAAGUGCCCGCCCACCAGGGCCCCUGCUAACGGUGGAGAUUUUAAGUCAGCAGGUUUCUGGGCUUUCAAUCUCAUACUUGUUUAGCACUCCAAACCAAUUUUCUCUGGAAACAACUCAUGGGAGAAAGGGCCUUUGUAUUUGGCUAGAAUAGAAUAGGACACUUAGUAGUAGUAGGUCACUUUCCUUAAUAGCUUUUGAAAAUACAGCCUCAUAGCUAAUCAAGGAGUCUGAUUUCUCUACUUGAUAAAAGUCCAGCAGUGACUAAUGAUGUAUGACUACGCUGAUGAGUAUGAUGAAUUUUUUAAAACUAAGCGCUUAAAUGGUUAUAGAAAUGAAGGAGAACAUGGAUAUUCAGAAACGUUUUUAUAUACAUAUUGCAGUAAGGUGGUUUACAGCAGAUUUCAUUUUAUUUCUGAAAAUGUUGUAAACAUGUAAUUAGUAAAAGAUUUUGUAAAACAUUGUCCUAUAUUUGUAUGUCUGUAAAUAUAAUGCAUAAGUUCUAAGAAUAAAUAUGUCAGUAUCAUGUAAUUUUAAAUUGCCUGUAUGCCACUUUACACGUUGACAUUAAAAUAAAAGACAGCACUUCAAUAGCAUGAAAUAAAGGCUGAUUUGAAAAUGUU